AGCGAGGGUAACAGUUGCGUCGCGACCUCCGACGAGGGAGGUGUUCAUGCUGUUUGUUUCUAAUAAUUAUAUUUUAUUUUGAAAUAUUAAGUAACUAACGGAUAAUUACGGCUAUAAUAAUUGAUACGAGUAUUGGGAAGAAGUAUCAUACGAGUGUUUUAUUUAUUACACUCUUCGGAUGAAAAUUAAUUUUAUUUAAGAAGUUGAUGCCGAAGCGGUACAGUGUUUUGUAUACAUCAUAAAGUGACGCUAGUAUUAUUAUCAUUCUGAAUAAUAUUAUAUGUAUUGGGUGUGCUGCUAUACGAGAAAUUAAACAGAUGUGACGUCGUGUAUAAUCGGUUAGGUGAAUUUUUUUAUUUAAAUUGUUUUACGAAUACGUGUUGCAAUUUUUCGAUAAAGUCACCGUGACGAGUGACUGUAAAUGAGUUUGUGGGUUUUAAGUUAUUUCUGUGAAUGUAAAAGUAAAUAAAUAUAAAAGUGUAUUUUAGUUUUUUAAUGCUCUAAGUCUUUCCUGUUUCUGUUCUCACAGUAUCGUUUAUCAAGAUUUACACAGUGACGCAAUUGCAUCGAAAGUAACAAGAAAAAAAUAUAAAAACAACCUAUGCUAUACUAUAUCUGAUAGAUAUAGAUAUAAGAAGAGGGACGCGCUGUGUAAUUACCCUCGGCAGGUUGUAUUGAGAGUAAAUAACAAAAAAUAGUUCAAACAUCCGUGAUGAUAAAACGCUGUUGAGUGAAAAAAACGUCAUUAGAGUUCUGUUCCUGGAAAAUAGUCAGUGUGAAAUUCAAGUAGAACCUUUUUGUUGUCUGAGGAUUUUGUUAUUAUUUUAUUUCUCUACCUGGGCCCGGCUGCUGUAAAGCUGAGUGUACUUGGUAACAUCUCUGAGCAAUAGCAUUUUACUUUACAACUGUAAGGUAUUAUAGUAGUAAAAGGAAUUCCUUUGUCCUCUGGUGGCAUUGAACGCUCCACUACAGAGGACGUGAGCGUGUUAGUUAGCCUGAAGUUGCUAUACUAGGCUGUACAGUAACUGGUGAUGCUGUGAUGUUGCUGCUGGAGGCGAAACCGCUGAAACACAACCAAACGCAUUUCUUGUGUAUUGGAGCCAACUGGUGAAUGUCCGUCUGUAAACCGCGAGGGCAACAACCACCGUCGUUACGACUCCCAUCAUCACUACCUCGAUCAACACGAGGCCAAGGAUUCAAGGUCACCGAUCCGGGCACUAAGGGUCAGCCUACUGUCGUCGCCCUUGUACUUUAUAUUGUGCUUUUGUUUGUUAAGCAUAUUUUGUAUGUACACAGGUUUUUUUAUAAUAAACACUACACUAGUAUUAUUAUUAUUGAAAGAUAAAUCUUUAUCACGUCCAGGUGAUACUCGGAGGAUUUAAAGUGACAAGUAAACAGUGAAAAUAAUAUAUAACACCGCUAGAGUAGUUAUCGUCUGAAUUUGUGAAUUUUAACGCAUUAUAUACGUAUAUUUUAUUAUUUGGAAUACAAAUUACGUGGGAUACAAACAACGAGGAAAAAUGCAACAACGAGGAUCAUUCACCAAAGCUGGGAUGGUAUUUGUAAGAGCAGCUGUCCUAGCAGCUGUUAUUACCCAACUUUUGGGACCUAGUAAGGCCACGAGGCCUACUGGUUCUCAUCCGGGACAUGCUUAUUUUGAACAACCUUGCUGUGGACACUCGCAUUUGCGGCAUCACAAAGAACAUGUCCGAGAAUUCAGCUGUGGAAUGCUCUAUUACAGAACGCUUUAUCUGGAUAGUAAAAGAGAUACUCUUUACGUGGGAGCUAUGGAUAAAGUCUUCAAGCUCAAUCUAAGCAACAUCAGCCACUCCAACUGUGAAAGAGACGUUCUCAAUCUAGAACCGAGUAAUGUUGCGAAUUGCGUGUCGAAAGGAAAAUCCGAGCACUUUGACUGCCGGAACCACAUACGAGUAAUCCAACCAAUGACCGAUGGUAACCGUCUGUACAUUUGUGGUACCAACGCACACUCGCCAAAAGACUGGGUGAUUUACAGCAACUUAACUCAUUUACCGCGACACGAAUUCGUGCCAGGUAUUGGAAUGGGUAUAGCCAAGUGUCCUUAUGAUCCCGCUGACAAUUCAACGGCAGUUUGGGUAGAAAAGGGCAAUCCUGGCAACUUGCCUGCAUUGUACUCCGGCACGAACGCGGAAUUCACCAAAGCGGACACUGUUAUAUUCCGUACCGAUCUGUAUAACUUGACCGACGGUCGCAGAGAGUACAGCUUCAAGAGAACACUCAAGUACGACUCCAAGUGGCUUGACAAACCAAACUUCGUAGGAUCAUUUGACAUUGGAACUCAUGUGUUCUUCUUUUUCCGCGAGACCGCAGUGGAGUACAUAAAUUGUGGAAAAAGUGUGUACUCACGAGUAGCAAGAGUGUGUAAAAAAGAUACCGGAGGCAAGAACAUAUUGUCUCAAAAUUGGGCAACAUAUCUCAAGGCCAGGCUCAAUUGCUCAAUUCCGGGGGAGUUCCCGUUCUAUUUUAAUGAAAUUCAAAGCAUCUACAAAGUCCCAGGCGACGACACACACUUUUACGGAACAUUCACAACGUCAACAAAUGGUCUGAUGGGCUCGGCCAUUUGUUCGUUCCACAUCGACGCCAUUCAAGAGGCAUUCCGUGGUAAAUUCAAAGAACAAGCUACAAGCAGCAGUGCUUGGCUUCCCGUACUAUCUAACAAAGUACCUGAGCCAAGACCAGGUCAAUGUGUUAACGAUACGGAAACAUUACCAGACACCGUUCUCAAUUUUAUAAGAUCUCAUCCGCUCAUGGAUUCUGCGAUUUCUCAUGAGAACGAAAAGCCCGUAUUUUUUAAACGCGACAUCAUGUUUACUAGACUAGUCGUUGAUAAGCUGAGAAUUGAUUUCAUCGGGAUGGAUCUUGAGUACACAGUCUACUAUGCUGGCUCAAGCGAUGGCAGAGUACACAAAGUUGUACAGUGGGUAGACAGCAAUGGAGAGUCCCAGUCAAUACUGCUUGAUGUAUUUGACGUAACUCCCGGUGAACCUAUUCAAGCGAUGGAGAUCUCUAAGGAGCAUAAAGCCCUCUAUGUUGCCUCAGACCAUCGUAUAAAGCAAAUCGAUUUAGUUAUGUGCUCUCGGCGAUAUGAUAACUGUCUACGUUGCGUUCAUGAUCCAUACUGCGGCUGGGACAAAGACACUAAUGCUUGUAAACCCUAUGCACCAGGACUCCUUCAAGACGUUUCGAACAGCACCGCCGAUGUUUGCGACAGCAGCGUGGGAAAACGAAAGCUGGUGGUAACGUGGGGCCAAUCGGUGCAUCUGGGGUGCUUCGUGAAGAUGCCGGAGGUGUUGAUGAAUCAAGAGGUUAGGUGGUAUCACUACAGCAAAGAAAAAGGAAGGUAUCAGAUCGCGUACAAGUACGGCGCUGGAGGUGACAAGUUCAUUGAGACCUCCGAGAAAGGUCUUGUUAUUGUUGGUGUGAACGAACAGGAUGCGGGAAGAUAUGAUUGUUGGCUCGGAGGUGCUUUACUUUGUUCUUACAACAUCACCGUUGAUGCGCAUCGUUGUUCCGCACCAGCAAAAGCUGCUGACUAUCAGAAGAUAUAUUCUGACUGGUGUCAUGAGUUUGAGAAGUACAAGUCGGCGAUGAAAAGUUGGGAGAGAAAGCAAGCGCAAUGUUCAUCGCGACUAAACGACAGCAACCAGAACGUCCACACGAAUGAAGUAUACGGGACGCCGCUGGUGUGAUCUCCCGGUGUUGCAGAGCCUUUAUUGAGCAGAGAUUACAACACGAUGAUUCGUACAAAUGUCCAGCUAAGUAAUGGCGUUUCCGGUGAAAUAGUUCUCUGGUGUUACUCAGCACUGCUAUCUCUGAUGGCUCACUACUUGUUUGACACAGUGAUCACUGGAUUACCGUUCAUUGUGUGAAUAAACUAAAGAAACAUGCAAACAAACAUUACAAAAGUGUUCAAAAAAAAAAAAAAAUAAAAAAAAAAACAGUGCCAUCACCAAUUUUUUACAUCGUGAAUAAAUCCCAAGUUGACAUAACAUUUAAAUAGACUCCAGUGACUGCCUCGCGAUAAUACGCUGUAUUGCUAUUUCAUUGAUUUAAUGUUUUAAUUUCCACAACAACUUAUAUAAAUAAAUCCAUUUUUUCUACACUUAUCAUUUUGAAUUAAAUGUACAUAGUUAAAAAAUUAAAAAAUAAAAAAUAAAUGAAUAUAGCAACACGGCACAUUAUCGACAACGCAACAAAUUCAGAAUUAAAAUUCGUGUUUAUAAAAAUCGAAUACGUCGAUUAUCUUAAUUAUUCCUGAAUUAUUGUUAUAAUAAAUAAGUGUUCGAUCGAUUAUGAAGACUUCUGGAGGACCAAGUGACUUUUGAGUCACCAGUGCCGCGUUAAAUUUCGCCUAAUACGAAUGGAACAAAAAUGUUUAAUUAAUGACGAAAAAAAAAAAAAAAAAAAAAAAAAAAAAAAUGAAAAGUACGAACGUCAAAAGUAUUCUCUGUUUUCUCAGACCUGUGAUAUGGAUGGGUAGCCGAGGAAAAUCUGUGUUUAAUCUUAAAUUCAAUCCGAGAAUAAGGAGAAAAAAAUUUACGUAAAUAACUACGUAAACUCUAAACACGGAUAGACUUAUGAAAUGAAAAGCAGAAAACAAUCAUGAAACGUGUAUAUAUUUCGUUUCGUUUAUUAAGGUAUGUCACGUUAUUUAAUAGGAUACAUUGUAUUGAUAAUUGAAAUUAAUAAUUAUUAAAUGCAGUAAAAUAGAGUAAUAAAAUAUGUAAUAAGUGUUGGUGGCGGACGCUAAAAAUUAUAUGUAUUACGAAGCUGUCCAUAAUAAUUUAAUAAUUAUAAUUGCUUCUCGAUCGACUGAUGAUAAGCAUUACUAUUUAAUUGUAAUUGUAAUUGUAAUUAUAAAAAUUAAUGAUAAAUGGUUAAGAGUUACGAUUAAUAACUAACAAUAAUAAUAAUAAUUAAAUAAAAUAGUCGAGUGUGUCUUUACUGCGUCUGUUACUAAAAAAAAAAAAAAAUAAUAAUAAUAAUAAGUGCAUU